UUGUCCUCUCUUCUGUCGUGACUGGCUCAAAACUUGUUUAAGCUCAAUCGAGGCUCAGCCGAGAGAGCACUCGUGUCAUGCUCGAUCCUAUGUAAUCCUUGGGCAUUUCGUUCCAAGGUUCCUCCUGGCUCCAUAUGAGAACUACUACUUGGGAAAUCGCACGAACGCAACGCGUUGUUCUGAUAUGUGGGUGUGGGUAUCUCUCCUCGCUGUCUCCAUGUCUCAUUGUCGUACUCGUCUGGCCUAUCCAUUAGGUCACGAAGCUCCCGCCAUUGAAGUACAAGUUCCCAACUUAACGUCAGUCACCACUCUCUCUCCGGGUUCCACCACCGAGAUCACCACCAUCACAAUGGAUGCCACCUCAGGUGAGGUGCUCUCGUUCUUAGGCUCGUCGUCGCCGGGCCAUUUCCAGAACACGCCCGUCACGAUCGCACCCCCAGCUGGCGGACAGACCACCACCAUUCAUCUGCAGGAUUUGACCGUAUCCGAGUACACCGUGCCUCAUAUCAAGGAGGAGAUUGUGCAAUCGGAUUUGGAUGAGGCCAGCAAACGUGCUGGUACGAGUUUGGAGGCUCGAAUGAUGAUCAAAUCGGAGAAGGAGCGGGCUGCUUUCUGGCCGGAAAGGCCUAUGAAAUCCGAUGCCAGCCUCACUACGGCGGGUGUCAAGGCCAACACUGUGCUCACCAAUCUUCAAAGGGGCAAUAUCCCGACCAUGCAAACGUUCGUGGUUGAGCCCGUGGUUCAGACUCUUCAUCAGCGAGCCGGCCAAGGGGAGUUACGGGCUAAAGAGCUAAAUCCGAACAUGAUUGACGACCGGGACCAUCGUCGGCGAACCCCUCUCAUGUGGUCGUCGUAUUAUGGGCAAACGCCCACGGUCAACCUACUCCUUCGCCAUGGGGCGGAUGUUCAUUGUCGAGGUGACGAGGAUGAGACGGCACUCCAUUUGGCUUGUUCAGCCGGGCACAAUGACGUAGUUCGGAUUCUUUUGAAUCACGGGGCUGAAGCCGACGUUUUGGAUGAGAACAGUUGUUCGGCACUGAUGUUCGCUGCCAUGCAAAAUCAUGCUCUGUGUGUGAAUGAGUUACUUAAUCACGGUGCGGAUGUCACUCUACGAAACAUCAACGGUGAUUCGGCCUUGGCCCUGGCCAUGCAAAAUAAGUCUUUGCAAGCACGGGCUGUCAUUGAACAAUAUGUCGUAGGAACCAUAAAGGAUAUGAUACAAGAUCGUACCAAAUGAACUCAUGUGUGCGCCACUUGAAAUGAACUGUAUUGGCCCAGCGAUACAAAAAAGAAAGUAUUCCUUGUUCACUCAUGUUAUGCCCGAUGAUGAUGCGUUAACGGUCUUUUACAAGUCCCAUUGUCCAAGAUCUGGCUGUGAUAAUAAACCUACGUGUACAACCACUUGA